UGCUAGAGUUCAUACAAAGGGUUCAGAUUUUAGGGCUAGCUAGGGUUUGUAGAUGGGCAUGGAAGUAGCGGAGAGUGGAUUCGCAGCUGCCUCGCACGAAUCCUCGGCGACGGCAAAUGGCACGGCGACGACGGCGAAUGGAACUGUAAGAUUCUCAAUCUCCAGUCGCAAGCGGCAGCGAGUGAUCGGCACCGGCAACUCGUCCGAUCGCGAGCACGAGGCCGUGGAAUUCGUGCGGUCGGUGGACGAGAUUGGGAUCCAGGUAGUCGGCGAGCCGAGCUCCAGCGGCGCGGCCAUGGUGAUCCCGCGCCUGGAGAACUCGUGGAAGCCGGAGAAACGGAUGAAGAAUCUCAUGAGCGCGCCGGAGGACAGCGUCCAGGAAUUCGUGGGGGAAGUUCUUCCCGCCGGCCCCGUUGAGGGCGUCCAGUAUGGAUUGUCGGUAAGAUCGUCCAAAGCAGGAGGAGGAGGGAGCGUCAAGAUGGAUAUUAUGGAAGCUCGCGAGCUCCGCGCGAAGCUGGACAAGGAAGCGCUGGUGGAUCACCUGGAAUUCCUCCCCGAGUCGGCGUCUCUGGCGGCCUACGAUGCGAUGCCGGUGGAGAAAUUUGGGCAGGCGCUGCUGCUGGGGAUGGGCUGGAGAGAUGGGCGAGGGAUUGGGCGGAGAGCCACCGAGGACGUCAAGGCCACCGAGUUUGUGAGGAGGCCCGAGCGGCUGGGACUCGGGGCAGUGCCAGCUCCAAAGGAGGAGAAGAAGAAGAAGGUCAUCAAGCCGGGCGAGAGCCGGGAGGCCAAGCCAGAUCUAGUAGCUCCGGUUGGGCCGGAUGGGAAGGUUCGUCACAGGGUUGAGAUUGGCGAGAAGCUCGUCGAGAGGGCCAAGAGGGGAGUUUACGGUGGCAAAGUCAUGACCAUCGUCUCGGGGAGGCACGCUGGGCUGAGGGGCGAGGUUCUGGGUCGCAAGGACAAGGUGGCGAAUCCGGGAGAGGUGGUGGGGGUGAAGCUGGCUGGUAGCGGCGAGACGGUGGAGGUGGAUGCCAAGAACUUGGCGGACGUUGGCUCCGUCGAGGAGGAGAACGCGAUGAAGAGGCUCAAGGAGCUGAGGAUCCAGAGGGGCGAUGGUGGUGGUGACGACGAGAGAGCGAGGCCCUGGCUGAGGAGCCAAAUACGAGUGAGGGUCGUUAGCAAGCGGUUUCAAGGCGGGAGGCUCUACCUCAAGAAGGGGCGCGUGAUCGACGUGGUGGCUCCGACGGUGUGCCAUAUUGUCUUGGACGAGAGCGGUGAUCUUGUGGAGGAGGUGAAGCAGGAGUACUUGGAGACCGCGAUUCCAAAGCCGGGCGGGCGUGUGAUCGUCGUUGGAGGGAAGCUGAGGGGAUCCAUUGGGAAGCUGCUGGAGCGGGACAGUAAGAAACAGGUUGCGGUGGUCCAGAUGGAGGAGAGCUUUGAGAUGGCCACUCUCGACUUGGACCACCUUGCGGAGUUUACUGGCGAUGGCGCUUGAUCUCUACUGAGAACUGAUGUUUCGCUCUUGGACUAGAAACCGUCAUUUCUUUGGCCACUGGGGGCACACUAUCUGCGCAAAAUCGAGCCGGUUUGAUUGCCAGUGGUGAGCUAAAGAUUUAUCAUACCUCUAAGGUUGUGAAAGCUAAUCGCAUCCGAUCGGCCACUAGCGAUGCUUCCUCGGCUCGUCCUAACACCGCCAUUUGUUCCAGCUGCAGUGUUUUCACUGGUAGCCUAGAGAAGAGAAUAGAAGAGAAGAGAUGAGAGAUUGAAGUUAUGGAGUUUAUUUACCAGGCCAUUCCCCGGUUGUAGUACGCGUUGGCGAUAAUGGAACAAAAUCCUUUCCAUUCUAAAA